UACUUAGUUACUUUCUACCAUUAUUUAUGAGUAGCUUUUAUUUAUGUUGAUUAUCCAGUGAGUCUGUGUGAUGAUGUUCACAAUAAGAAAAGAGUAGCAGGUAACUUUGGAUCCAUUUGUAGUGUGAAUGUUUGAAAUUCAUCCUGCGGCGUUUCUGUUUUCUGGUCACCGUGACAACAGCACCCACAGACGCAGCGUCACCGGUCUCAGCAGGAUCUGUGGACCCAGUUCUGUAUGUUCUGGUUCACACUGCAGUCUGGAUACGAACAGAGACCCUCAGGAGCUUUGGCUGAGGCGCUGACAUGAGCAGCCUGAUGGACCAGAGGUUGACCCACAGUAGUUGUCGCUGUCAAACUAGAGCAAAGAUCAGCAGUCCGAGGCAUCUGCAUCAGAGCACCGCAGACUUUGGUGACAUGGCUCCCUGCUACACCACCACCCACAACCAGAGUUACUGUGGAAGGUCUUCUGACGGACGUCCUCUAAUCUUCCAUCUGAGGGAUCCCAGCUUCCCGUCGCAGCACCGCACACGCCCGGACCGGAGAACCAACACCGACCCGCCGCCGUCACACAGCCGAGAAGUGACCGAGCCCAAACACACCACAGCGGGAGCUGUCGCGUCCUGGUCCAUCAAACCUUUCGGUACCGACCCCAAGAAGGAAAACUGGGCUCGGUAUUGCAGUGGGCAGGCUGUCAGAGAGAUCACCAACCCACAGGGUCCAACUGAGUACCGGACCACCCACAGAACCGAGCACACUCUCCCAGUACCUGACGGCUCUCCACAGCUGGCAGGUGGCAGACCGACACAGUGGCACCAACACAACAUACUGACAGGUGAGCAGAGGCAGACGGCCGGUCCAGGGAAUCCCAGCAGACGGUCCAGAGACAGGCUGCUGUGGGCGGCGAGGCGCUGGGAGACCGACUGCUGCUCACUCAGACUCUACUGACACACAAUACAACAUCUACACACUGUAGGGACUGACAGGAAACAACUGCACAAUAAAAAUAUGCAUAUUUAAUCA